GAUUCGUUUAGCUGUUUCCUUUGUUAUAUGUUAUGGGACCCGUGAGAUAUAAUGGGGACGGGGCUACUGAUAUUUUGUUUGAUUAUGAAAUGGUCCAUUUCUAGUUGUAAGCACGAAUUACUGAAAAUGCAGGAAGAAAAUAAUCAUACUUCUGAGACAGAGGCUGGGGAUGCAGAUGUGAGCCUUGAGCUCUUGCAGCAACUGCGGAAUCUGGAUAUUCCAGAAGAAGAUGCAAAGAAGGCUUUAUUACUUACGGGGAAUGUGUCAGCAGAAGACGCAGCCAUGUUUUAUUUUAACCUGUUGGAUAAUAAGGACGAGGAGGAAAGUGAUGAAGAUGAAGGCAUUUGGUACAAGAUGGUGUUUGUUGUAAACAUGGAGCUCAACAUGGGUGUUGGGAAGGUUGCUGCUCAAGUGGGUCAUGCAGCAGUUGGUCUAUAUCAAAUCAUGCAAGAAGAGUCCACAUGGAAGGAAAUGUGCCUAAAAUGGGAUCAAAGUGGGGCAAAAAAGAUUGUUCUUCAAGGAUCAAAUGCUGCCCAUCUUCUAGAACUGCAGGGGAUAGCCUUAAGUUUAGGAUUGCCAAAUUACACAGUACAGGAUGCAGGGAGGACACAGAGAAUGAGCAUUCUUUAA